AUGUUCCCCCAAGCGUCUGGAACGCUGCGAUCACUCCUCUCCCUCUGCUUCGCCCUUUCCUCCGUCGUUGCUCCAGCCCUCGCCGUCCCAACCCCGGCCGAGCACUCCAGUCCAUGGCUGCCCCGCUCCCUCAAAUCCCUCUUCGAACCCCGAGACACGAACCCAUGCGGAGGCACCGGCUUCGUCCUCAAGAACAAAGCCUCCUACCCCCAAACCUUCACCGUCUUCAAUGGGAAAUGGUCCAUCGUCUCUGAUCCCAUCAAAACCAUCACCCUCGGCGCCCAAGGCUCCCAGGUCGUCACACUCACGCCCGGUUUCGUCGGGCACGUCCAACGCGGCGCCGUCCUCCCCGCCACCUGGGUCGAGCUCAACAUGGUCCCGGGCGGAUCCGACGGGGACGUCAGUCUCGAAAUCGGAUGCGACGGCGCCGCCACGGUCCAAGCCACCGGCGCCGGCGACGACCAGACCGUCUGGGGCUUCACGACCAACGUCAACCAACGCUGCACCGGCCCCAAGUGCGCCCCCGCCGACGCGUACUACGUCCCGGGGACCUACGAGGACAUCGGCGGCGCGUUGACCAGCGCGACGGACGUGCUGGACAUUUCGUCAAAGGCCCCCGUGCAGGCGUUUGAGCAGCAGCAGCUCGCGCAGGCGUACGAGUAUCUCCUCGGCGGGACCGGCACGAAUCAGGCCAUCUCGUCCAACAAUUGUCUCAUCAUCACCUUUUACUGA